AUGCGUUUUACGUCUAUCUUCGGGAAGACUGAGCCUGAGCAUCCCGAAUGGAUCCCACCGAUGUUAAGAUGGUUUGCCCUGAUUUCCCUGGCCGUGUCUGCCUCCGGGAUCAUCGCCGCUCUGGAGAUCCUGCGCCAUUUUACCGUCGUGCGUGUCUUGUCGCCGAACAAUGAGGGCAUCCUGUUCGCUACCAGGUAUUUGCCAACUCUGGCUAUCAUCGCGCUUGGAUACCUCGUCAAAGGGGUGGCCUCGGAUCUGAAGAAGGUUACCCCAUGGGCCAACAUGAGCGGGAAGUGGGCCACUAGCAGCCGUUCGGUCCUCCUGGACUAUGUCAAUGCAAUGGAAAUCGUCGCCGUGUUUUCGGCCCUGCGCAGAAAGGACUGGGCAGUAUUCGUGGGACUCGUGUGUGCUUUCAUCUGCGGCGCACUCGUACCUCUCGCCAACGCCGUCGCGUAUGUGGACUUAUUCGCCCCCCGCAAUAUAACAGCAACGUCCAACCAAACAUCGGCUUUCCAGUUUGACAAUUCACCCCUGGUGAUGGCAAAUGACUCUUUGACAAUCCCGUGGAACUCAACUGGGAUGGAGCCAUACGCUCGGGCAAUCUCACAGCGCCUUGGAAGCGCGCCUCGCACUCUGUGGACAACCGAAAAUUAUGUUUUCGACCAGUUUUCCGUGCCCAGUAUAGCCAAUGCCACUGCCACUGCCGAAGUGAAUGCUAUCUCUGCGCUCUUGGACUGCCAACAGCUUCGGUACAGCCCUACCAACCGCAGCAGUACCUUCGCCGCAAACCCAGAUGACCUGAAAGCUGCUGGGUGCAACAUGCCGCUCGAAAUUGCAACUCGCGCCUCUGGAGACCAGUCCUCUGCCUGGCUCAACAUCACGCAGUGCUCCGACCACGAAGAUCGUGACACGCAAAUCUUGGCAAUCUACGUUUCUAAUUCUCCUCAGCUGAAUGGAAGUGCGUCUGCCGGCAAUCUUUCAAUGGCAGGGCUCAUCUGUUCGCCGAAAUUUACCAGUCAGCGAGCCAGCCUGUCUGUGAAUAGCACAACCUCUGAAAUUACGGCGUUUUCGAUGUUGUCAGAGCCGCAGCCUCUUGAUAUCAAGACCAGCACGGAAGCCCUAUGGCUUUACCUGCGCAAUCCAUUGGAUUCGGAAACGCAGAAAAUCUUUGGCAAAGCGCAGCUGGACGGCGUAAGAGGGACGUAUAACCCAGGAACUAGGCCAGUGGCCAAUAUGCCGAACAUAACGUCUGCCAUAGUCUGGACUGAAGGACCGCGGGAUCCGUUCAUGCAGGUGGCGCUGGAUGGAUAUCCCGAGAAGGCUCCUAUCGAGCAUGACGUCUUUGAAGGCAAAGUCACACAAUUUGCAGGCAUAGUGUGGGCGGAGCUCCUGAGCUUCCUGGCACGUAGUGAAGCUUCGAAUGAAAUACCGGUCAGCAUCGCCCUUACCGACGAGAGAGUCCUACUAAGGACUCCGGUGGUAAGGACGGUUCAAGCUUUGCUGGGCGUUCUAGGCGUCCUGGCGAUCGUCUUCGCACUCCAACUUCGGCCCAAAACCGUACUUGGGGAGGAUCCGGGCUCAUUGGCUGCUGGAAGUGUUAUACUCUCUGCGUCAAGCGCAGCCGUUGAAAAGGAGAUGGCAAGGCAUGCCCUGUCGUCGACACAGUCCAUGACGACCAGUCUGUCUAGUACCCGAUUUAUGCUUCGGCAACGGAACGCCGGACAGCGUCCCGCAGUCACGAUCGACAUGACUAAAGCUCCUGUGGGACAGGAACCGGUGGAAAUGGUGGAUCUGAACGGGCAGAACCUCGGGGAAGCCGCCUAUGAGCGCGCGCCAGAAGAUCCGGACCAGGACUCGUCACUGGGCAAGGGUGCUGAGUUAGACGGCUGGAGGCCCUUGCCAUUGCGCAUCGCAUCUAAGGUCGCUCUCGGGGUAGCGGUUGUGGUGGUGAUGAUCGGCUUGGGGAUCAUGCUAUGGCUUUCGGGCACACACGAUGGAAUCUGUGUGGAUACGCAGGUGUCGUCUGCCGCUUUAACGCUGUCCACAUCCACGGUUCUCGUGCUUUUUGGGUAUUCAUUCGCCGGUGUGGAUGCUGCAGCGCAAGCGCAGGCACCUUUCAAUAUCUUGCGGAGAAGGCCCAACGAUCAAGCCAUCUUCACGGACGAUUUAACUCUCCUUGGACGGCUCUCCGGUCUAGGGUCUACAUGGAUGAACACCACGCUAUACGCCUCCGCGGCUGCCUAUAUCUUGAUCAUUCCGGCCAUGAAACUCGUCGCAGCAGGGCUUUUCUCUCCAUUAAACACGGGGGUGGUCGACCUCAUAAGCGUGCAAAUUGAUACCAGCAUAACUACACACCUGGGAAAUAUGCUGAAAAACAGUUCCGAUACCCCGAUCACGAUAGCACCUGUUGUCAAGCGGGCUUGUGAUUUUGCUGAGUGGGAAACUAAUCCCGUCUUCGGCCUGCGUCCCCGGCCAGGCAUCGUUGGCAAUCUUGUCUUGGAUAAUCUGACAGCCGUCGUCGAUGUCAAGAACAACAUCCCUGGCAGUGUGAUUGAAGCCCGCGUUCCCGCCAUCGCAGUUGAUAUACAAUGCGAACCUAUCCCCUCUUCAGAUUUCAAUAUGUCACUACGCCGUGCCGGCCGUCCCGGCGAUGGGGAAAGCAUGACAUUUACCUGGACAUGCACAACCGAGCGCUGCUCUGGCCGACACUUCUCCGCUGACCCCCUUGGGACCGAAAUUCCAUCUUAUUCCGGACAGGUCAGUUUGGACUGGCCGAGUGAAUGGGCUCGUCACGGAUCUGAAUCGCAGGGUCUACCAGCGUCCGGAACGGAUUAUUCAGUGUUCAUAGCUGAUCUCACAUCUCUGGGAGGCUCCAUCCACUCUUUCAGAAACAUGACGCCAAUACCCAUCGCGGGUGAUGGAAUUUUGGCCACGCCGAAUACCCUAAACGUUACGCUGCCUCCUGUGGUAGCGACUACUUGCAGGAGGAACCUUACCAUCGUUAAUGUGAACGCUACAUUCACUAGGCCGACCCCAGUCGCCCUUGAAACCGGAGCGCCCUUAUCCCCAUGGAGGCCUGUCUCGGUUGAUCUCGAGUCCAUCCAAUACGCUCGGCCUUAUCCCGAUGUCCAGCCGGAGUAUUUCCAGCCUCCGAAGGUGGAGAUGGACAUGUUUGGACAAACCUAUGACGAUAGUUUGGUCGAUGGGAUACUAUGGAGCAACUCACUUUGGCCGGCUCGAGGAAGCAGCCGAAACUUCUUCGAGUUGCUGGCCGCAGACGCGCAGCACAGAGUUGGAAACCUGUCUCGGCUUCUCACUCCCGAUGGACUGACAGACUCAGCAAAACACAUGUACACGGCGUACUGCACUCAGAUUCUCUCAGAGCUCCGCACCGUCGCAAGUAAUACCUCAUUGUCCCCGUCCGCCAACCAGACCAUCCCCGCGAGGCUAUUCCACUCCCAACUCCGCGUCCAUCAGGAUCCCCGAACCACGUAUAUCCUCCUCGCGCUUCUAGGAACCGUAGCCUGCUUUGCGCUGUUGGUCUUUUGUCACUUCCCCGAUGACGCCAUCCUCCCCAAAGAGCCUGGCUCCAUCGCGUCCAGACUCUCCCUACUUGCCGACAGCAUACUAGUGAGACAGCUGCGGCAGGAGCAAGUGUCCGACGUGAACGAGUUACGCAAGUGGCGCGAGCCCGCGGCGCUUGGAUGGUGGCGCGAUGGGCCCAUUGCAGCUUCGGAUACGCCGAACAAUUCCUCGACACCGGCGUGGAGGUGGGGAGUCGAUAUCGGGCGAGAUGUUACACUGCAGAGCUGGAAAGAUCCCCCACUCUCUCCUUCUCCUUCUCCUCCUCCCCCUGCUAUUUCUUCUACUUCCCCCUCCCGAAGCUCUGUGAGGUCUGAGCCAAUACUUCCUGGGCUUCCUUUCCAGCCCGGAGAGGAUGAGGGGCCCUCCACGUCAACGCACAGUCCGCGGAGCUCUGUCAGCAGAAUUGACGGUGGGCGCCGAGGGCAUCCCAGCGCAUUCGCCGUUUGGAUGGGGCAUGAUUCUCGUUCAACUCUGUUAAACAGCGAGCAAGAACUUGGUGAUAGGAGAUGAUAACUGAAC